CGAUGUCAGGUUAGUCUCAUCCAAGCUCUGCGACAAGUAAGUAUGUUUUCCCCUUGGUUUUUCUUUAGGUUUUGAGAUUUCAUAGUUUCAUUCAUUUUCAAAUACGUAACUUUUCUACUGAGUAAAUUUUCGUUGAAAAUUAUAUCAUCUAUAAUUACAAUUUACAACUUGCGAAUUAUUCCAUCUGACCCAUAAACGAUGCUGCUGGGUAGCCGUCCAUGGCUUGACAUGUAAAUAGUUCUUGAAUGUGGUGGAGUGAAUAUACCUUUGUUUUGUUUCAUUUAUUAAUGCAUGUACAUUUUUUCGUUCAUGAUUAUGUUUGUUAAAUUGUAAGAACAGCGUGGUGAGCCCAGCCCUACCCUGGGAGUAUCGCGCUAUAUAAAACCACAUCUAAUGAUUAUAAUAAUAAUAAUGAUAAAACUCUACGAAUUAUAGUCUAUGAUGUAGUUGUUUAAAAGGUUAUGUUUACAAUUUAAUAUAAUUUCGUCGAUAUUUUCUGUUAGGAUUCAAAACAGGAAUGGCCGUUGAAGGUGAUGUCUUGUACAAAAAAAAUAAAUGAAAAUGUAGCAACUAAAUUUCACACACACACACAAACACACACGGACACACACACACAUACCCAAGGCAUGUGCGCACGCACUCACAGAAACAGACACAUACACACAUUACAGACGAACCCACACCCACAUAGACACAGACGCAGACACACGCCUGCACACACACACACACACACAAACACACACACUAAUCCUCUCCUAUACCCUUUCCCUUUGCCUUGCCUAACAUCCUCUUUCACACUUCAGUACCCCUUUUCAAAGACAAAAUUCCUCUCAAGCGUGGCGUACUACAGGAUGCAUAGGGCAUGGGGGGAGGGGGGUGUCCGUCUUUUCGUCCGACUGCAGAGUUAAGUUUGUUUAAGGAUGCGAGGAAAUUAUCGGGCGGCCCACGUUGCACUAACUCUGAUUACGCUCUGACCUCACAUGACAACCCGCUUGGAAUCUAGAGAUUUUGAAAUAGGAGUGAAGUAUAUGGUACGAACACUAUAUAUUUUUUUUGUUAAAUCCUAUUUUCUUGGAGUACGAGCGAGUAGAUUGGUACCCGCAUUCAUAUCAGUGGUCUCUGCCAUGGUUUUUCGAUUUAAUCAUUAUGGUAUGGAAGACGAUACCGUGAAUUGAAUGGAAUUACAUUAUUUAUAACAAUAUUUUAAAAAAAAAAUAAUUCCGUCUGUUUCAUGUAGUUUUCGAAAACUUAUUGUAAUCGAGUACAAACAAACAAAACUUUUAAAAAUUGAGUACACACAAACAAAACUUUUUGGCCUACAGCAAAAAAAACAAACGAACAAAACAACCACGUGAAAGCUUCACGGUUUUACUAAAAUAAGGACUUUCUCCAAAGAGCUUAUUACUAAGACACGUGAUCAACAAAGAUAAGUCAUUACCAUGAUUUGGUUGUCAGGUGAGUAUUCAGACCUUAAAAUUGCACAGUUAAUGCGCCUUUUUUAAAAAAAAAAAACCUGAUGCAAUAGUCUACGAAAACUAGUCUUUCUCGUGAUUAGGAAUUACCCAAUUACUUCCUGGUCGUGUUUAUGUCUUCAUUUCUACGACAUGUAACUAUCUUUUUUUUUCUCUCUUCCAAAUUCGUUAGUUUUAGGGAUCAAAUGUAACAAACACAAUGUAGUAACCAUACAAACGAGGUAGCUAUUGUCUACCAUUAAUCUAGAUGACGUAAAAUUUUACUCCUCAUGGCGAAUCUCACACGAUGCACGCUAUAGAUUCUAAACAUUUGGCAUUUCAAACAUCCUUCAAAGGCAGUGUCUCCCAACAUUUUAGGGUCAUGCCAAACCCAAGUCUUUCUAAAAUACUUAUGGCCCCCCACCAAAAAAAAAAUCAAGUAAUAUAUACAUACAUUUAAUAUUAAAUAAUUGAAUUGUUUACUGAAAUAAAACUAAAUGACAGGUUUAAGGUUUAAGUAAAAAAAGAAGGACAAAAAAAAAAAACAAAACUAAAUUUUCAAACAUUUAAUGAAAAAGUGAAAUUCAAGGAUUAAAAAAUUAAGAUCAUUCAAGAAUGUUUUAAUUAUUAUUCAUUUCAUUUAGGCAUAUUAUUUAUUAUUUAAUAAUUUUUAAAUACGUUCAGACAUCACCAAACAAAAUAAAAGUUUAAAAAAAAUACAGUGGGAGAUCACAAAUACAGUGCGAGAUCACAAAUACAGUGCGAGAUCACAAAUACAUUGCGAGAUCAAAAAUACAGUGCGAGAUCACAAAUACAGUGCGAGAUCAAAAAUACAGUGCGAGAUCACAAAUACAGUGCGAGAUCACAAAUACAGUGCGAGAUCAAAAAUACAGUGCGAGAUCACAAAUACAGUGCGAGAUCACAAAUACAGUGCGAGAUCACAAAUACAGUGCGAGAUCACAAAUACAGUGCGAGAUCACAAAUACAGUGCGAGAUCACAAAUACAGUGCGAGAUCACAAAUACAGUGCGAGAUCACAAAUACAGUGCGAGAUCACAAAUACAGUGCGAGAUCACAAAUACAGUGCGAGAUCACAAAUACAGUGCGAGAUCACAAAUACAGUGCGAGAUCACAAAUACAGUGCGAGAUCACAAAUACAGUGCGAGAUCACAAAUACAGUGCGAGAUCACAAAUACAGUGCGAGAUCACAAAUUCAUAGCGGAAAAACAAAUACAACCACAGUUGACAAAUACAAAUAAUAGAUUUAAAAAAAAAAACUUAAAAAACAAAGAUGGAAACGGUAACAAUUGCUGUCUUACACCUUUGGUGGAAUUUUAAUGUUCCUUAUUUGUUUCCUCAUGAAGCAAUACAAUCUUUCCUUUUAUGUUAAAUAAUGUGUUAAUAGACUCGCCAUUUUGCAUUUCUGAGAGAUCUUCUUGAUUUUGCAUAUUUGAAAUAUCAGAAAAAACCCCAACAUUGGCUGCAUCAUCCAAUUUGCGUAAUCAAUUUGUUAAAAAAAAAAUUUUUAAGUCCAUCUUCUAAAAAAAGCUGACAAUUUUUUUUUUACAUGUUUGACAAUAACAAGUGUAGCGUUUCUGUCACUUCACUUUUUGAGCCAGCGUAACUUGUCAAAAGUUUUGUUACAAACAUAUUUUUGACACUAUUCAAUAAAUCUAUUGCAAUAAAAUAGCAUCGCGUUUGCAUCGACAGUUUUUAUGUGUUCCUUUGAAGUUGGUAUUUAGUCUUUCCAAGAUAUCGGCUAAGAUAACUAACAAAUCCUUUACAAUUAAGUGUUAACAGUCAUUUUACUUCAGGCCACUCGCUUAAAAAGUCACCAAAAGAGAUAAAAAGUAUGUCCCCCAGCAAACGGUUGUAAAGGAAAAAACGCUCGUGUAAUAAUACACGCGUAUUUCCCAAAAAACUCCAUCCCAAUAUUUUUAAUUUUCUCCAGUCACUAUUAGCUAUAAAGUAUAGAGAGAAUCACAACGGUUAACUGCAAGAAAAUGUUUCGAUAAAAUAUAUAUUAAAAAAAAUUUCUAAGAAACUCCACUCUAUUUAUAAUACAGUGGUUCAUAUUAUUUUUCUGUUAAAUUUGCGUAUAGAUUUCUUUUGCUUCCUAUGCUUAGACGUAGCUUCGGAUAAUAUCUUAAGUCAACCGGUAAAAAAAAAAAAAAUUGAAACUCUUAUUUAUAAGGGUGUCAGAUUAUCUAAAAUCUACUUAAAUGUCAAUUGUUUUACAGAUAAUUCAGUUAAAUUACAACGAUGGGAGCAGGGAUAGAAAAAUAAAACAUGUCCACCAAAACUACAGUAGAACUUCAAAGCCUCUUAACAGCAUGUGCCAAGGGACUGAAGACUGCUGUGAAGGCGCUAAUUAAAAGUGGAAUAGAUAUUAACCAAAAGUACAAUGGUGAGUCCCCACUGCUCGUAGCAGCGAGACAUGGGCAGACGGGUGUUGCUCUUGUCCUCAUGGAAAACGGGGCGAAUUUAAAUGAAGUGGACCGUGGUGGAGAAAACGCUUUAAUGAUAGCCGCAAUGAAUGGUCAUGCGCACACAGUAGAAACGCUGAUGGAAAGAGGAUAUGACAUGAAUUCCAAAAAUAGCUCUGGAUACACUUCUCUAAUGCUAGCCGUGAAGAAGUGGAAUGUUGACCUGAUGAAUAUGAUGAUCAAAUGUGGUGCCAAUGUCAAUGAGAAACAAAACAAUACGACCGAGGACACUGCGCUAAUAUUAGCCGCAUGCGAGGCACCGAUAGCUGUUGUUGAAAAACUUGUAGAGAUGGGGGCCAAUUUAAAUGAUCACAACACUCUUGGUCGAACAGCGUUAAUGGCUACCGUUGAUAAAGACAAAUGGCAUUUUUACGCAUAUCAGGAAAACAAGGAUAAAGCUGAAUUUCUAAUCAACAGAGGUGCUGAUCUAAACGAAAAAGACAGAGAUGGACGAACUGCACUAAUGUUAGCUGUAGUCCAUUGUAAGAGGAAUAUGUGUGAAAUGUUAAUAGGAUAUGGAGCUCAUGUUAAUGACAAGGAUAACGACGGCAUCACUCCACUUGUGCACGCUUUGAGGGCAAACAAAACAGACAAUAUAAUAUUGCUUAUUGAAAAUGGAGCAGAUGUCACUGAGAGGGACAAUCACAAAAACACCACCCUUAUGUACGCCGCAAAGGCCGAAAACACAGACGCUAUUCUCCUGCUUUUAGAGAAAGGCGUAGGUGUAGACGAGAAAAACGAUGACGGCGCUACCGCUCUUAUCCUCGCAUCGGAAGAGCUGGUUGGCAAAAGUGUUGAAGUUCUGUUAAAAGCAGGCGCAAAUGUAAAUGCAAAGAAACAUAAUGGAAGGACAGCAUUAAUGGAAGCGGUGUUCCAAAAAGGCAGAUCUUUUACUUAUCUAGUCCAAUUGCUCAUAGAUCACGGAGGCGACGUGAACGGUAAAGACAACGACGGAAAUACGGUUCUUGAGCUGGCCAUACGUGCGGGACAUAUUGAAAACGUCAGGACGUUAAUCGAGGGAGGAGCAAACAUCCACGAGAAAGUCAAUGGCCAUGGGAACGCUCUAGUGUUGGCAAUACUGGAAAACAAGACUGACAUUGUUGAACUGCUUAUUAAAGAAGGAGCAACAGAUGACGUUGAUGAAGAUGUAUUUAUGCCUGAUAACGCAGAGCCAGAGUCAAGCCUAGACCCCGACCUUAGCCUAUUGGCAAUAAGAGAUGGCAAAGAGGACUGUGUUGAUCACAAACACAGUGAGGCAUCAAUUUCUGGAUGCGAUGAAGGAAAUGGCACACUAGCUCAGAGUGACGCAAAAUAUGUUGAAUUUAAUAACAAGCUUAACCUUUUAAUAACGGGACCUGCGAAAAAUGGAAUGCAGAAUUGUGAAAAGUUUAAACAGAAACGAAAACGAAAAAGAGGUCGCCAAAUUUUUCAAGAAGCAGCAAUUGAUGUUCUAACGACAACUGAUACUAAAAAGAUGCUGACUGUCUUUAGCAAAAAUUACAAUAGAAAGAUAUCAUCACAUGCAGAAACGAUCGAGAAGAAAGCCGCCAAAAGACAACGCCAACAAUUGAUUGUGUCCAUGACUACAGCAAUACGAAAGCGUAACAAGGUAAGGCACAAUGGAGCUAAAAGACAGGACCAUAAUCGCAACCACUUGAGAUUUGAAGAACGAUGCCCGAGACCUGUCAACGUCUGUAAGGUCCCGGAUAUUCUUAAGUAAGUACGCAUACCCAAUUUGAUAUUUGUUAUGUCUAAAUUUGUUAGUUGAAAUAUCCCACAAUAGCCAAUAAAUAUUUAUUUUAAAAAAAAAUAUAAUGAAAUGAAAACCAUUUACAAAAUAUAUAUUUUCGGUUUUUCGAAGACAAAAAAAGUUGUAAAUUUAUGAUAUGCUAUCCAGUGCAAAUAUUGUAUCCAGUGUAAAUGUGAUAUUCAGUGCAAAUAUUGUAUCCAGUGUCAAUAUGACAUCCACUGCAAAAACAUGGAAAGCAACAAAUUGUAAGCAAUUUUUCAACGAGGCAAUUUUCGCUUUGAAUGAUAAAGCCAGUGCCAAGUCACUUUUAUACAAUUAUUUGAAAAAUGUUUUGUUUGCAAAUUGACUUUUAUUUGCUUGUAAUGAUUGUAAUCGUUGUUACUGGAAAGGCAUUUCCUGUAGAAUAGCCUUAUUCCUUGUAGCUACAAAUAAUAAUAAUUUAAUUUUUAAUUUUUCUAACAGAGUAAUAAGUUUUUUGUUUAUUUUUUGUUGUGCAAGAUAAAAAAAAACCUAGCUUAAAAUAUAGAAAAAAAUUCUUGAUCAAAAUUGUAAAUUAAUAUAAUAAUUUUUUUUUUUUAAAUUAUUUAAAAUACAUUUUAAUUUCGUUAGUUAAUCUUGCUUUCGUAUUUCUAGGAACAGGGUAAGACAUUCCAGAUUUGCUAGAGAACAAAUAAAAACGAGGAAUUAUUUUCCAGUUAAAAAAAAAAUAUCCGUCAAAAAUGAAACACAAGUUAACAAGCUGAAGACGGAAACCAAAACAACCAGAACGAGGCAAAAGUUUAAGGAUGAAUUAUGUUAUGUAUUUGGUUCAACUUUUUCACUGACGCAAAACUUUCUGAAAACUGAUCUUUGCAAAUGCAUUACUCAAGCCUGGCGAAAACGAUGGCAUCCAAGACGAGGAAACACAAGAGGAAGUUGUUGGACAACAAAUGCAGAGACACUCAUGCGGGAUGGUCUACGAGGUAGGAAGACGCGAAGUCCGUCCGCUAAGCGACAUCAGCAAUCAAUGAAACCUCCAUAUUUACGACCUAAGAAAUCAAGGAAACCUCCAAAUUUGCGACAUCAGAAAUCCAGGAAACCUCCAGAUAUACGACAUCAGAAACGGACACUACAAAUUGUUUAUAAGUAAGAAAAGUAAAUAAAGUAAAAACAAAUGAAAGACUGGCAUAAUUGUAAGCCCGGAGGCUAUUUUUUUCUUUACCCAUUAUGAGGCAAAAUAUAAAAAAAAUUACGAACUUCCUGCACUGAAAGUUUUGUUCCGAAAAAAAAAGCAGAAAACAAAAGUUGAAUUUACUACAAACCACUUUGACACAUUAGUGCUAGCCUAUUUAUGAAUAAGAAGAUGUAAUCUUUAUUAAUUAUCUUUGUUUGCUCUUCUUGUAGGACCAUCAUCGUGCAGAAUGUGGGGAAUCUGACAGUUCAAGGGGCGUAUUGUGUCAAUAUUAAAAAUACUCAAUUUUGCCGUAUUGUCAAUUGACUAACAAUUAAAAAAAAAAGGGCAUUCAAUGAAGAUUAUACAAAAUGUGAUUAGUAGCACAUGAUUGAAUUGUUUGAAUUGCUUAAAAAUCUGAAAAAACAAAUUAACAAAUGCAAAACUUUAAUCUUAAAAAAUCACAAUAUUUAAACGUGUCUCUGUAUAUACUUUGAAUGUAUUUAUAUUUGUUGUAAAAAAAAAAAAGUGAAGCUGCAUAUUGAUUAUUUUGUAUUUAUGCAUAUAUUAUUUUUUUAAAUGUUUCAUUAAUUGUAUUUUAAAAAGUCUUUCUGGUGUUUCUCUUCAUGGUAAACCAUUUUAUUAUUUCGAGAAUUUCGAGAAGAGAAAUCCCUUUUUUUAAAGACUCUUUUUAAAAAAAAAAAGAACCAAAACGAGACGUUCGAUUUCCCAGAAGCUUUCUAUAAACCCAUCUUUAGCGUUUUCGAACAAUAGAAAUUUUGGGAAUGAGAUCACUUGUUUAAUAUGACACAGGUUAUUUUCAACAAACAUAUGUGCUAAAAUAUUAUUAAAAAAAAAAACAAAAAAACCUUAAAUAUGUAAAAAUUGUUUUUGGCUAUUCACAUCACUUGCUUUUUCCUUAAGUUGAAAUGUAUUUAUAUUUUUCUAAUGAUUCGUUUAUGUGCAAAUUUCGUUAAUUGUGUCUUGUGAUUAAAUAGGAUGAUCUUUAACUCUUAGAUGGUGCUCAGAAAAAUAAAAGUAAAUAGUGAGGUUAACGAUUUUUUCCCCCGACAAUUUUUUGUGGCUGUAAAGUUGGAAGUUGGGGAGAAUGGUGUGGAGAUGAAAGAUGGCGCUUGGCUCGAGGGUGGGGAGAAUGGUGUGGAGACUCGCAUAACGUUUAUUUUAUUUAUGACUCCUUUUUUACCCAAUGAUACCUUAAAAAAAAAAACUAAUAUAUGGAUAAAGAGUAUGACACACAUAAUUCCAGGACACGUGAAUGCAGAAACUUAAGCAAAUUCAAGACACAAAAUUACCGAUCUUAAUCAAUUGUUUCAAACAACCUAAACUAUUUAUGGGUCUGGUAAGUGUGAGGCUAAGCAGUACACCUCUGAGACAAAAUGAUCAGUCGGAAUUGUAGCUUGCUAUAGCGUGAACUUUGCUGAGUGUGAAUUCAUCCCUAACCCUCUUUAUGUUUUGGUUUGGUUUACACCAGACAAAAUUUAGCGUUAAAUGUCUGUGAAUUUUUAUCAUUUUCUUACAUGGUCGUCAUAUUUUACAUGUUACAUUCAUUUGUUUAGGGACAGGAAAAAAAAAAGCCCAUAUUUACUAUCACAUUUCUCUUGUAUGGUAGAAUUUAUCGUAUUUGUAUGAUUGUGUGUUUGUGCCUGCCGUUUUAAAGGUCAAACGUUGACAAUUUGGUUGUGACUGUGCAUUGGUCAGCUAAAAUUGUUUUUUUUUUCCAACUCAAAAUCUAAAAUAUAGCAUAUCGCAAGAGCCAUAUUCUAUUACAAGUGUACAUCUUUGAACUGGAUAGCCACAGAUCCAUUUUUUUUGGUCAUUGCUCAUUUCAUUAUAAUUACUUUAAAUAUUGGUUAACGUACGUAUUCAUUUUUUGAAUAUUGGGGAUCAGGGUUGAAGUCAUGAAGUUUCAGUCAUGAAGUUUCAGUCAUGAAGUUUCAUGUUGCUAAUGUUGGAUACGCUUGGGGAAUUUUUUGCUUAGC